AUGAAAAAUUACUUUGCUAACCUAUUUUCCAAGCAUUUUAUUUUGAACUUGCUUAAAAAAUAAUAAUAGACUCAAGUCAGACUAAAAUUUUUAUAAAAGGUGAGUAAUAAAUGGCUGGCUGGCAUUGGAACUUGUUUCGGAAUUUUUUAAAAUAAUUUAGUUGCACUUGAAUGCAUUGCAAAGUGGGGAAUCUCCAUUAGAUUUUUCAGUAAAAGCAAACUAAUAAAAAAUCAGUAAUCUAUUGCUUACAAUGUUAGUAAAAUACCAAGAUCAUAUAAUGUUUAACAAACUAGUUGA